AUGACGGGAGCUCUGCCCUUCACCAUGCUCGGAGAACACUCUCGGGCCCGUCGCAUGACCAUCGAAACAUUCCCGCUACCUGAAUUGCUGGCGGAGGAAUAUCGGGAGCCUGCCAAUGGUCACUACAAGGGGUGGGCACCGACAUUGGACGACUCGGGUAACACUGCCUAUGGAAAUAAUAAGCCAGCCUGGGCGCACGGCCCUCUUCCUGCUGCGUUUGAGAGGUGGAUUGUAAAUCCCAAUGCAAACACGACUGGAAUUAGUUUGCAGGCGUCUGACUCGACCGUUCGAAGCGUGUCCAAGAGAAGCGAAAAUGAAUCCGAUUCUAAAAACCAGAACAAAACAAUAGAACCACGACACUACUUCUAUAACCCCGUUCAAGAUCCUAUGAGGAUAAGCAACCUUGACCUCGAACCACUCGGUCCUCUGCAGGAGGCUCUGAAGGACCAUGCCAUCCCGAUCAACCACAUAGUCUUUGUGUUCUUGGAGAGCGGCAGAAAGGACCUGUUCCCCCUCAAAAAUGACUCUCGCUUGUACAACCAAAUCCGUGAUUCAUAUGAAUUAUACCGAGAAGAAGAUGAAGCUGACCUACACGACAAACUGUCUCAGCUUACCCCAGUGGCAGAGAUGCUUACGGGGGAGCAAUCCGGCUUCGGCUCUUUUCUUAACUCAACGGAUACCGGACUAGGAGGUCUCAGCUUCGACGGGAUAUUGUCAGGGAGUAGUCUCUCUGCUAAAUCGCGUCUUGUCAACUACUGUGGUCUCGGACCGCUCCCGGUGGAUUUUAUGCAUGAAAAUGAUAUCAUUCCAUACCAGCCAUGUUUGAUGCACAUCAUGGAUCUUUUCAACCAGCGUAAGAAUUCCUCUCGCUCUAGGAAUUCCACCGACAGUCACCUCGAACGGGAAUGGCAAACCAUCUAUGCGCAGUCUGUCACUGGGGAAUUCCAGGCUCAAACCAAGCUUAUGGAUCUACUCGGUUUCAACCAGACAUUGUACUCGGAAGACAUUGAUGUGGAGGAGGCGAAAUACUUCCAUGACGACAUGGAAAAGAUCAACUAUUUUGGUUAUCCCGAAACCGAGGCCCGCCCCUACAUCAAAGAUAUGAUCAACGAAACACUUCGUCAGAACAAAAGACUCUUCCUUUCACAUUUCACCAGCACAACUCACCACCCUUGGGGUACACCUGAAGACUGGGAACGAGAAGAAUAUUUCGGGGAUCUCCACAAAUCACAACACGAGCACAUGGAUGCCUUCCUCAAUGCAAAUGGCUUCGUCGACGCAUGGCUUGGCGACUUAAUGAAGAUGAUUGAGGAGGCCGGUAUUGCCAACGAGACCUUAACGGUCUUCGUGGGAGACCACGGCCAAGCAUUUGGGGAAGACUGCCCCGUCACAGGAACCUACCACAACCCACACAUCAGUAACUUCCGCGUACCCUUAGUAUUCCACCAUCCCUUAUUACCCCGGAUGCAUCUUAAUGUCAACGGCAGCGCCGUAUCCAUUCUCCCCACAAUUCUCGAUCUCCUGGUGAACACCAACUCCCUCAACGCAGAUGACACAGAAAUCGCCCUGGAUCUGAUGAACGAGUACGAGGGCCAAUCACUCAUCCGGCCAUAUCGCACCUCGCAAAAUGGCCGCGAAGCCUGGAACAUGGGCGUUAUCAAUGCCGGUGGCUCCAUGCUGAGUGUUGGCUCCGCAGCUGUGCCAUGGCGCCUCAACCUGCCACUGAACAAUGACUUUGAGUACCGGUUCACGGACUUGAAUAAAGACCCGUACGAGCUUGAGCCUAUUACGGGCUGGACUAUGGGGUCGCUUGCUGCGGAGGUUCAUUCCAAGCAUGGGCCAGAGGCCUUUGAUUGGGCUCAGAAGGCUGAGAAGGUUGGCCUUUGGUGGGUUGCGGAGCGGAAAAAGCUUUGGAAUUAUCGCGAUCCUGAUGAGUGA